AUGGCGUCACGGACCAUGUCUUGUAGUGGUAAUAAAAUGGCCUGGUACAUAGGAGGUCUCGAAUUCGAUUCCAGACAGAAGCUGUUUUUCUUUUUCUUCUCUUUUCUUUUUUGUUUUUCGUUUUAGUUAAGUUUUUUAGUUAUUGCAGUUUAGUUUAGUUUUUUUAUAUAGCAUAAGUUUUUUAAAUUUAUAAAAUUUCUUCCCUAAUGCCUUUAAUAUUUCCCUUUCUUCCUACUACUUGCCAUAUGUUCCCCCGAAGUGCUACGUGAGGUCCUGUGACUCACGUAUUUCUAGUAUAUAUUAAAAAGUGUUAAUAAACUGUUAGAACAGAAAGCUUAAGUGAGCAGGGUGCAAAGAAAAUCAUUUUUACAGCUUGCCUUUCAGGCAAGCUGAAGCUAGCAUUAUAUUUACUAGCCCAGUCGUCAUUUCAACUAGCCCCAAAAGCUUUUUGACGAGCAGAACUGAUUUCACAGUUCUUCUGUCAUUCGCAUUCCUCAAAAAACAUCACUUGCCCGUCAGGCAAGUUAAAAACAGAAUUCCACUAGCCACGGGCUAUGGGACACUACUUUCUUUGCACGCUGGUGAUGUUCUUAUAAAUACAGGGUUCUCGUUAAAUUCUAAAGUAGACAUGUAGGAUGUAAAAAGUAGGCGGCUUGGCAAUCAAGUGCUGUAGGCAAUUUGAGGAUUUCACUCUCUCCCUUUAUUAUACCCAUACAGAAGACGUCUCCGACCUCAAAGUAGCCGGUUUUUUAGCCGGUACCCUGAAAUUCAUGGUCUUACAAAAUGUGUAAGUGGUACAACGAUAAGUAUAAAACAAUUUGCCUUGCAUUCUGUAUUUAUACGGCAUUUUUUUUUUCGUUCUCCUUACCUUUUGAUCUCUAAUAAUCCCUGUUGCAUUUUAAGCACGCAAAUGUACCGCCAUUUUGUGGAUACAUGGACAUACCGUGUGCUUCUACACGAGGUACCAUGUACAUACCGCGUGUUACUGGGCACUAGAGAAGGAAAAACGCGCGGAAGAGAGAAACCGCGAGAAACAGUUGUUGCGUUAUUCAGGGAAAUUAAUUUCUUCAUUUGCAUCUAUUCGUUGUUUUGUAUUUGGUUUUAAAGUUUUCUGGCUUUUACUAAACGCGUGAAAAGCACCUUGGUAAUGGAGGGUUCCUCUUAAUGAGAUGUGACUGUGAUCAAAGUCUUGACCUCCCUGAAUGCGACUCGCCAUUUUUAGCCUGCGAUAAGGUGAGCGCUAUUUUGUGCAAAAAUCUCUCAUUGAGAUGCUGUCUUAGAAUUCUCGAGAACAUGUUUGAACAUUCAGAAAUUUUUUCUUUGCUAGGCUGGUCUCAUCAUUAAGAUACUGCGCUUUAUUACGGUGGAACCAAGGGAUCAUCAGAAUGACUGGAUCGAGCGAGGAAGAUGAUAUGCCACCCACUGUCUCUUCAACAAAACGUCGGAGCAAUAAACGUCCCCAUAAGCUUAUUUCGUCUGAAUCGGAUGAAGACGAAGGAAAGGCGAGGACUUCCAGGAAAGUCGCCCACAGUUUAGACAACCAGGAGACUAAUGAGGAUUCAGACGGUGGAAGUGAGAAGUGCAAAUCAACUCUCAACUCUCAAACUCCUCGCUCUUCAGAAAGGCUGCGAAGGAAAGCUUCCAGAUCGUUUUCUAUGCCAAGUAGGGAAGAGGUGCUCGAUUCAGUGUCUUCAGGGAAAAAACAAAACAGUCAGCAAAAAGUGAAGGCCUUGAAGCCAAGGAAACUUGUGAACAACUUUUUAAGAGAGUGAGUGCUCUUGAUUGAAACUGGUACAUGUAUUAACAGCGCGGAGUAACUUCAGAAUACCCGACCACUUAUUUGCAUCUCUUUGAAUAUCAAAAGUACCUAUCGUGUUAUGUCUGUUUAAAGUACUCUGAAAGUAGCUGGGUAUUGUGGGGAGUUUUUCCUCCAAUAAUAAAUUUUACAUGCACACAAUCAUGUGCACUGCACACAAAUAUAAAAAUGGACGUUCCAUUAAUUUUAUAAUACCCACCCCCUUCCCCCCUGGAGGGAAAUUUGUUAUUGAUUUGUCCAUGCUCAACUUGUAGCAAGUCUUGCCAUUUACAGGGCAAAUCUUAGAGCUGUGCCUUUGUCCUCAGUUAUUUUGCCAGGGCCCAGUUCCUAAAGGCUGAUAAGUGCUAAUCUCAAAUUAGAAUUUUGUUCCAUUUUUGUUUACGUUAGAGUAAAAUUUUGUGCUAUCAUUACUGUAUCUCGGAGUAAAGGCUCAAUGGUACUUUGUAAGCUAGAUUUGCAUGUUCUCAGACAAGAAAUCUCAUCUUGUUCUGUAUUUUUAGGCGCACUUCAUAUGUCAGUCGUGGAGAGAGAUAUGAUUCAGAUGAUAGUGGUUUGUCAGACUUCAUCAAUGAUGAUGAUGAUGAUGAUGAUGAUGAUGAUGCCGAGUCUUCAGAGUCUACUGUAGAAAGUGAUGUUAGUGUGAAAAGUAAUAAGAAGGAUUCUGGGAUCUGUAGUGCAAGAAAAGCAAAGAAAGGACAAAGACAGAAAUCAGCAUUGGAUAGUUCAGAAAAGGAAAGCAGUCUAUCAGAGGAAGAUGAUGUUCCAUUGUCAGUGUUAAAAAACAAAAGAACAUGUAGUCAGCAAUUGACUGCUAAGACUUCUAGCCGUAUAUCUAGUGAUUCAGAUGAGAGCUUUGCACCUAGAAACAAAACAAAUAUAAAACGAAAGGUUUUGAAUUGCAGUGACUCAAGUGAAGAUGAUCAUCAGACAACAGGACAGCACAACUUGGACUUAAAUGAUGUGAAAAAAGACAAUAAUUGUGAAAGGUCUGAUAGUGAUGAUUUGCUGAGUGCUAAAGAUUCUAAACCACGCAAGCAAUGUGUACCUUUGAGGCCAAGAUCUAAGAGAGUAGAAAACCUCACACAACAACAUGAGGCCAAGAAUCGCAAGAUUUUGGGCAGUUUGUUGAAAAAGAGACAGACAGCAAAAUUGGAUGCUAAGGAUAGACUUGCCCUAAAGCAGAUGUCUAGCAAUAGCAAUGACAGCAGUUUGUCUAGUUCUGAAGAUGAUCAUGAUCCUUGCAAGGAAGCAACAGAGAUCUUUCUGCAGCAUAGCAGCGAGCUCGAAGAGGAUGAUGAUGACAGGGACUUUAUUGUUGAUGUUCGACAAUCUUCUGAUGAGGGGAUGAAUUCUGAUGGUGUGUCACAGUUUCUUCAGCUUUUAGAUACGUUCACAAGUAUAGGGAAAGCAGUGGAUCCAGAAGAUAAUAAAAUGAGCAUGUCUACCGAUGAAGCUUCUCUGAAAAGCAGACAAAAAAGGCGUAAAAAGAGAAAAGAAAGGAAAGCUUCAAAGUGGCGGCGUAUUAAGAUGGCAGAUGAAAGUGAAGAUAGUGAUGAGAAUGGAAAUGACGUUUGUCAUAGGCAUCCAUUUCUACAUGUUGCAGUUCUUGAAAAUGACAUACCUUUGGUUAAGAAGCUGAUGAAGGAAGACCCUGAUUGUGUUUAUGAGCUUGGUUACAGAAAGAGAACUGCAUUGCACCUGGCAGCAUUGGAAGACAAAGUUGAAAUUGUGAAAUUGCUUUUAGAUCAUGGUUCUGAUCGUACAGCUUUAGACUGUUAUCAUCUUCCUUCCAUUGCAUAUGCAAUGGAUGGACACCCAGACUGUCUGAGACUAUUACUGGAUCAUACAAAUGUGAAAAGUGUUAGUAAGGCAAUGAGGAACAAUCUGCAAGGCAUGAAUUUGUUGCAUUUUGCAGCUGGAGAGAAAAGAAAUGGGUUGGAGUGUGUUGACAGAGCAAAAUGCAUGGAGCUAUUGUUUAGUAAAGACAAGAAUUUUUGUUUAAAACUGUUAGAAGAAAGGGAUGUUAGGACAUUUACUCCUUUAGCUGCUGCUGUUUAUGCUGGGCAACACAAGGUAGGGAAUGGCCCUUUUCCUUGCAAAUUCUACAAUUUUGUAAAUAUAGAAUCUGUCUAUCAAUUUCACAUUCCAAGCACAGGCUUACAGUAUCUUCCCAUUUUUUAGAAGGAAUUUAAACAAAAUUCACCUCAUCGAUUGUGCUUUUAGGGAUCAUUGUGCCCCUGGACACCCGGUUUUUUGUGUCUGCUAAAAGCCUAGCACCAGUGUCUUAGUCUGUGUUUGAUCAACUCAAAGGUCACACCAUACAUCUGAUGAGUUUUGUUUGGUUCUUGUCCUCGGCACAGGAGGUUUUUCCCAAAUUGCUGUGAAGACACUCGCAGUGGCUCCAUUGCUGUCCCUGCACUACUAAAUUGCAUGUAAUUCUUUUUAAUUGUAAUCUGCAGUGUAUCCAGGUCUUGCUCAGGAUGGGUGCCAAUGCUUUUGCUUAUAAGACUGAUGAUGGAGGUAACAUACUACACUUUGCUGUAGAAUGUGCAUCACAUUUUAAAGGUACCUGGGAUGCUGAGAAGGACACAUCGCAAUGUCUAAUAGAAUUGCUAGAGACUACAAAGUUUCUCGUUAACGAUGCUGAUGAUCAUGGUAAGUCAAUGUUAAAGUAAAUCAGUAGAAACUGUUUAGUAAGUUGCAUUUACUGAAUAGGAUCAUACACUGUAGCUUACUGCUACUCUUGAAUGGAAGAUGAAACAGCAAGAAAUAGAAUACAUGUACAUAUAGAUGUACAAGCUUAUGAUGAUGAAGAUCAUGCCACGCUUGUUGUUUUCUAGGUUUUACUCCACUGAUGUAUGCUUGUGAGAGUGGCAAUGCUGACUGUGUCAAGGUACUGCUAGAAAAUGGAGCAUCACUGAAUUGUUCUGUGAGUAUUGUGUUGGUCCUGUCCAUCAGUUGUAUGUUAUGUACUCCUAGAUACUCACUUAAGAGAUUUGUCGUGACUUACAGUUGUACAUGUCUGAUUUUAGUGAUAAUAAAUUAAGUUUUUAAUCAUUGUUUUUUGCAGUUCAGUAAUUUCUGCAUCAUUUUGGUCCACUGUAUUGUCUGUUUGGGAACUGUAUUUUUAAGCUAGGCUUUCACAUUAAAUUAGAUUUUGCUGCAAAAUCAUUCUAUACUUUUAUAAAGUUUAUUUGCACAAUGAUGCAAAAUAUUGAAAGACAAAGUUCGAGAACAACUUAUUUCCUUGGCAUUAGCUACUAUACAUGUAUGUAUAUGCAGGGCUUCUGAUAUUUCACACAGAAGGGCCUCUCUUCAACCUUUUGCAAACUUUUUUGCCGACUUCCCUUCUGUCCCUUGACAUUGGGAGCUAACUAGAAAACCUAACAGUUUAUUUAGCUCCCCAGCUCGCACUUUUUAUUUCUCUAAUAUUAUAAAGUUAUAACCUGGUACAAAUUUUCAUUUAUGUUAAGGUAAAACUGUAAUUUCACCAUGAGCUGAAUAAAGAAUUGCUAUUACUGCUCACCCCCUCCAUGUACGUUUUGCACUAUUCGAGCUACAGUGGUAUAGAAAACAACAAACACCCCAACUUUGAAUGGAGGGGUGGAGAGUGGAUUGUUUUGUUCUCUGAAGUUAACCCCUUUUGAGGACAAUGCCUCCUCAAUUUUGUCACUGAUUUAAGGUUGAUUCUCUAGUUCCACUGUCUCCUAGCCCUAAUUCAUCAAUAGUUAGGGCCAGGAAGCAAAGGAAUUAGAGAAUCAACCCAAUAAAAAAAAUUUAACCUGAAUUCAAUUUUGACCUGUAACAUAGACAAAUGUAGAUGUAUGAAGUCUAUCUCACUUAAAAUUAGGAAGAGGUGCAUUGUGUCAUUUGUCUUCUUUUCGUGCAAGUAUUAUCGGUGGCUGUCAUGUAUGUUAUAUACGUAAUUUAUGCCAUUUCUGUCAGUCUGUUUUCAUCACAGUCUCUUUGAUUUAACCUGGUUAUGCAAAAUCACAUUGUACGUUGUAAAUGUUAAUCCAGAAAGAAACAGCUUUUUUCUUUUUAUUAUAUUCCCCAAUUAGGAUAGUCAUGGUACAUCAAGUCUACAUCUAGCAGCCAUGUCAGGAGACACACAGUGUGUUACACUUCUGCUAAACUCUGGACACAAAGUUGAUUGUGUGGACCGCUAUGGAUGGCCACCACUACUUUAUGCUAACUUUAAAGCUCAUGAGAGCUGUGUAUUAGCACUGAUGAAGCCCAAGCCCGAGCAGGUCUUUGUGUUGGGAGAGUUGCUAAGACGAGCACGAAGCGAGUUAGAAAAGAAGAGAACUGUAAAGGUAGAAAUGACAAUUUGAUUACAACUUUGUAGACCAUUUCAUUUUGAAAUGUGCUGUACACAUUUUCUGUUAUAGUAAAACACUCAUGGAAAAUGAGAUGAAUUUCAGUAUUGCAGGGAUUUACAUACUAUUUCUAGAGUGGAACACAGUUUAUCAUGUUAUCCAACUCCAACAAAUGCUUUUCUUGCAGUAGCCAUGGUUAGUCCCUGUGAGAAAAAGAGCUCUGCUUUACAUGCCAGGAUGGGUACAUAGACUACACACCAUGUUUUACUAUGCAAAAAUGGUAGCCACAUCAUGAGGGUCUAUUGAAAGGGUGAAUGGCACAAGGCCUAAUUACUAUAGGUACAGCUGUAGCUCCUGAUUUGAGAUCAAUAGGGCCUCUCAAGCAAGAAUGUUCCUAACAGUUUGCCAUUUGAAAUACAUGUAGAUAGCCAUUCAUAUGCCUUAAUUAUUGUCUCUUUAAGUUACAGGUAUAAAUAUACAGUUCUUGGCAAUUUAGCAGAUUUGCAGGAGAAUCUACAUGUAAUAAAAUUCAUACUUUGGGCUUCAUUCCAAGUACCCUUUUAUAGUGGUUAGAGAGAGUCAAGAUCAAAAUAGCUUUCUUCUCAAUUGGGAGGAGAAGUGUGACAUCACAUUAGUUGAUUAUGUACAACUUUAAACUAAUCUUUUUCCAAGGUUGUCAAGAAUGUGUUAGUGUCUUUGGCCAACCAUGAUGCCUACUACACAGUGUUUAAUGACUUCAUUCGACAAAACCCAGAGAUGCUGGAAGAAAACAACUAUGGUCUGCUUCAGCACACAUGGAGGGCUAUCCUUGACUUUGACAACAAAAGAAGAUGGUUCCGCACAAAGCUAUCACAAGUCAGGUUGGUGGAAUUAGACUCAAGCUCUUGAGUUUAUUAUUAUUAUUGUUAUUAUUAUUAAUAUUAUUUUCUAAUAACCUUUUAUUGAUAACAGAACUAACUAUUAAAACCUAUUUACCCAUUUAUUUUCUUCUUCAGCAACAUUAAUGUUGCUGAAGAAGGAAAAAAUGUUCAGUCAAAGCACUAUUUACAAGUCAUUUCAUUUCUCAAGCUCCUGUUCAUUUCGAUUAAAAAAACUCAUUUCAAUUAGAAACAAUUCAUUUUGAUUAAAGAUGAAAUAAAGAUAUUAAAAAGAUCCUCAAAAUUAUCAAUACUAAUAGCGUUUGAGCGACAGUCAUCAAUGAAGUCCCCUUGUGGAAUUUUGUGGAAGGGACUACAUUCACUGUUGGUCCACUGUUAAUAUAAUUAUAUUUUUCCCUGUGAUAAUGGUAACCUUUUACUAUCAGUUUUAUUCUUCCUUCUGUUGCCCUUUGUGAAAACCUUGCUUUUAUUAUCUUGGGUACUACAAAGCUCUUACAAACGAUGUUUCUAGAACCAAAGCAUGCCUUAGGGUGCAUAACAGUGGUGGCAUUUAGAUUUGACUUUGAAAGUGAAACUGAGUACAGAAUAGGAAUGUCUUCCUUCAGUGAUAGUGACCAUUAGUUUAUUGGUCCAUUUCAGAGGAAGUUUAUACAGCUGGUCAUGUGAAAGCUUGUCUCUGGAAAUUGACAGAGACAAUGUACUAGCAAGUGCUAUGAAUCAGAUGGGAAGAAUACUGGGACAUGCGCUAAGGAGGAGAUCACUGCAUGUCACUUUCAAGAAUGAGCCAGGUGCAUGCAUGUUUCUUUUGUAACAUAAUAUACAGCCAGUAAGGAUGUCUGAUGGAACCCUCCAUUAGACAUACUUGAUGAAGCAACUUACAGUAAUGUAAAUUUGGCUUUAUUAUUGAUGGGCUUUUUGUAUAAUGCCCAUAAGGCCCUGGUUGUUCAAAAGACGGAUAGCACUAUCCACCAGAUAAAGCAAUAUCCAGUGUACAAGUCUUAGGAAAAGCGAUUACAUCAUCCACUGAAUAGUGAUUUAUCCGGUGGAUAGCUUUAUGGACCUUUUGAACAACUGGGCCCAGUAUAAUAAUUGUGAAGCUAAAACUUUCCAAUCUAUGUAUUUGUUAGUCUAAUACAGUCAACCUGUGCAACGGUCACCCUUGGGAAAUGGCAAAGUGUCUGCUAUAUACAGGGUGACCGCUAUAUACAGGUCAACUUUGCAGAAAAUAUAAAGGCAAGUGAAAAUUUUAGGAAGUUGUCCGGUGACCGUAAUUUACAGGGUGACUGCUACAUACAGGGCCGUGAUAUACAUCUACAGGUUAGACUGUAUACAUUGCCGUCUAUCUUUUAGAUAACACAAGGACUUAAUUUCACACAUCACAAUGUCAACAUGUCAACUCCUGUCUUUUGCCGUCUGCUGACCACUCUCAGUCAUCUACAUGUAGUGGAGGCAGCAUGGUUAGAGCGCUGGACUUGUAGUUCAAAGGCCCCAAGUUCAAGUCCCGCUCUGUUCUUGCUAGUCCCAAGCUCAAAUCCUCGGCUACGCUUUUAAAAUAGCCAACUGGUUCACCUUGUACCUGUUGGGAUUUUUAACCAUGUUAUGUUUCAUCGAAAUUAUUUGUUUCAUUAUUCCUGAAAAGCCCCACAAAGGGGUGAAGAUAAUUAAAGUAUCAUUUUUAUAAUUGUUAUUGUUAUUACGGUAUGUAGGUAUUUUACUGUUGUAUAACAGUGAGGCAAAAAUUAUUCUGAUUGAUUGUUCGGCUACACAAAAUAUUGCUAUAAGUCUAUAAACAACAGAGGCUCAUGGUUGUUGUAAUGGAUAUUUUGUACAUGUAUAACAGUCCCCUAGAAUUUGGUCUUUCCAUCUUUUCUUUGCUGUAUAAUAAUUCAUGUUUUUGUUGAAGUUGUUAUUUUAAUUAUGCAAUAAUUUUAUUUUAGGCAUCUGUACUGGUCCUAAGAGGGAAUUUUUUGCCUCUUUCUGCAAAGACGUGGUUGAUCCAAAACGAGGCCUUUUUAUUGCCACAGAUGAUGCUCAGUUCAGGUGACCUAAAGACAGUUUUCUACCCUUGGGCCCGUUUCGCCAAAGUCCCGUUAACUUUUCUGGCCCGGAAAGCUAUUUUAUUUUUGCCAGGUUUGCAUUCAAGACCAAAUUUGUAAAAAUUUUGAAAAUGAUAAAUUGAAACUAUCAACUAACUACGAAAAUUGACUGGUCUGCGAGCUAGGAACUGUGCUACUACACUGUACAUGUAAUGAACAGGUUUUAAAAUUUGUCUUUGGGCUUGAAAAGUUAUGGGGCCUUUCGAGAAACGGGCCCCAGAUUAGUUAUCUAGUUAUACUCAGUCUGUCUCAAAUAAAUAAACAAAUAAAUAAAUAAAUAAAUAAAUAAAAAGAAACUUGCAAGUUAAAAGAGCACUCUCCUGUUACCAUACUGCUCAGUUCGUCAUGUAAGUGUCAUUUGAAUUGUCACACCCCAGUAAAUUGUUAGAACCACCUUGUAGAGUAUAAAGAGUACGAGUGGCGGGAGAGCGGUCGUCCUUUUUCUUUCCUCAGAGCCACUCACGAUGAGCGAAAAACUAAAGUCAUGCAAAUUUGUGGUUAAAAGGAGGAGAGAUUAAGGCGGAGAUAGGAAACUGGACGUCAAUGAUUUUUUUCUUUGCUCGUGCUUCAGCCCUCGUUCCUCGCGCUUUUGCCGCUCGCCCCUAACGCGCGCUCUCGAUCUAUUGUGACUCUGUUGUGACUCUAAAGAAAAAGUAGAGAUUUCUUUCAGUGGCGGAUCAUACAAAAAUAAUAUAACCAUGCAAAAGUUCUGCGAAAGUAGGAUUUAAUUUGAAUGGUAGCACCAAAGGAUUUCGUCCAGUCAUGUGAAGGUCCGGCUUGCCAUACAGCUGUAUUGUAAUGUGCACUGUACAGUCAUGUAGAAGUGAAUAGCAGGGUUAACAGUUAUUUAUAUUCAGUCUCCUUUUCAUUAAACAGCCCAGUGGCAAACGCGUACUUUGCUAAACAUGUCGAUGAUACGAUGCCUCAAGAUUCUACUCAGAGCACUGGACACACGUCUGGUUCUGUGGUUAAACAAGAACUACCAUCAAAUGAAAGCACAAAUGAACCAGUGAUGUCAUCUUUAGGAGGAGAGUAUCAACAUCCGUCUACAGAGGAUGAAUCCAUGUGUGUAGCAACUCAUGAUGAGAAUACGGCAGUUAAUUCACAGACACAAGAUUAUCUGGCUAACGGACUCUCGGAUGAAGAAAUUAUAUCUUCGCUGUCGCAAACAGAAAGCCUUUCCUCUGUAACAACUGAUGGUUACCAAACAACGACUUCAGAGCACGUAGACAUUGAUUCAGUGAAUGGUAACAUUCGCGACAGUCAACAUACACUAGGGAAUGUAAGUCAAACAAUGUUGGAACAGGCUAACAUUCCAGGGGAAGAAGAAAUCGUGCCAAAUGAUGCAGUUGAUGACAGUGCUGUUACACGCAGCACAGAUGAUGAAAAUAUGGCUCAUAAUUCUCAGCAACCAACAUGGAUAUCUUGUGUGGUAACUAGUUUUGAAACUAACAUCGGCAUUUCAUCAUAGUAGCCAACGGGUUUCCUUCUUCUUUCUCGUCAAGUGGUCAUUUGAGGAGAAAAAGAAAAUCUCUGUGAACAGGAAGAACAAAAAUUAUGCUUUGAAAAAUUGAACUCAACAUUUCGGUGUCGCCAUGGUAUCAUGUUAAAAAUGUACACUAUGCUGGAAAGUCUUCCAUUGUCCCAUCUUGAGGAUCUUUAAAAUCAAACAAAAAAUAAAGAAAUAAAUAAUAAUAAUAAUAAUAAUAAUAAUAAUAAUAAUAAAUAGGAUAAAAUGCACAUAUAAAUACACGUAUUUCAGGUUAAAAAAACAAACAAACAACAAACAAAAAAGAUUUAAGAAUUAAGGUGACUCAAUUCUCGGUUGUUGUUGUUGUUGUUUUCUGUUUUAUACGUCCUUCGUUCACUGUUUCCUUUUUUUUCCCAGGAGAAUAGUGGUGAUCAGUCUAUUAUAAACCUGUCUUUGAGGUCCAAACUCAAGCAGCUUCGCUUUAUUGGUCGCAUGGUCGGAUUUGCCAUUUGCCAGGACCUACUUGUUAAUUUGCAGUUGUCCAAACCAUUCGUCAAGCAGGUUUGAUCAUUUUAUUCUUAGUCUGGAUUGUUCAACAGAAUGCUGUGGUGUAGCCCUUUUCAACUUAUAGUUUAAUGAAACUGAAAUAAGUCAAAUUCAAUUAACCAAUCAGAACUCCAAUGCAAGUCACAAGUGCUUUCCUCUUGAUGUUGUUGUUGCUGUUUUUUUUUCUUUCUUUUUUUUCCACCUUUGGCGCCUGUUACAGCUGAUCUGUAAGCGCCAACUUUUCUUUCUUUUUUUUUCUCUUUGUCUUUUUGGAAUGGCUCCGUUGUUUGCCGUUCGCUUAAUUCGAAAACUAUGGACAGCAACAACUCAACUUCAAAUUUGAACAUUACUAGUGAUUAGUGCCUGCCUACAGGAACUGCCGAAACUUUCUUUGUUAAUAUUAUCCGCUAAUUUUAAAAGGUAAUUAAACGGGAGCAUGUUUUGUGCAGCGCUUUUUCGUAAGAGGCCCUAUCCCACAAAAAUACUGCGUCGUAAAUGCCUUUUUAUUUUCGAUUUUAGGUUCUUGGAAUUCCACUUUCUCACCCAGACGACUUGAGUUCAUUUGACUAUGAGCUUCACAGAAAUGCAGUGGUAUGGUUACGAGAGAACAGCGUUACGGAUCUGGAUUUACCCUUCAGUGUUGAUGUAAUGAAUCCUUGGAAUUCAAAACCGGUCACAAUUGAGUUGAGCGAUGACCCCGAAAAGAAAUUACUCGAUGACAAUAAGGUAGGUGUAGUAAAAAUUAUCUGAAACACGGCGGCGAGUGUUUCUUGCGGUUUUCAACGAAGUGUGCUGAAAAAAAUUAAUGUGCCACAGCCUACAUCAUUUGAAACCGUCUGACGCGUUUUGAUGAAACUUUUGCCACUGUUUAAAGUUUCUGUUACUGUUCAACCCCUAAGUGUUUGUUAAAAUGUUGUUACAUUUUGUGGUUGGUUAUAAUUGUGACUAAAUAAAUUAUUUCAUGGCACAUUGUUAUUGGUCGGUUAGUUCAUGAUGAUAGGAAUGCUAAUGAACGUUGUCCACAAAAACAUAAAUUCCUAGUCAAACAAGUAUGCAUAACAAUUCAGUGCAAUUUAAGAAAUUAAUAUGCGCUUACUGUAAGAAGUGUGGACAACUUUUCAACUUUAUGUGGAGUAUGCGUUUAAUAUGACGAUCUAAGAAAUUAAUAUGCGCUUACUGUAAGAAGUGUAUGGACAGCUUUUCAACUUUGUGCGGAGCGUUUUGUAUGACGACUUGUCGGCCAUAAUUUAUGUUCUUCAAAUGGGACGAAAUGAGUUAAAGUACGAAUUUAACUGUCAAAACCAUGCUUUUUUUCUUCGAAUAUAUCUUUCAGUUCUUCAUAAAUAUAGGUCUACCGGCUUCAAACAUCGUCGACCGGCAAAAUUUCAUGGGCAAAAGUGUUAAAGAUGAUUAAUUUAACGAGGGUGUUCAAUACUAGUCGUGGCGUUAUAGAUACCUUCCACGUCGGUAGGCCCGGGUUCGACUCUCGCCGAUCGAAACUUUUUUUUUUCUUUUUUUUUUUGGGUCCUUUUGUUUUUGUUUUUUGUUAUUUUCGCAAACAAAUUUUCAUUUUUUUGACAGACUUAAAAUAUACCGGUAGACUAAUUGUAGUUUCAUUAUCAGAUUUCAUUUCUAAAAUACACUAAUUAAUAACCCACAAGUUAGCCUUAGGCACCCUUUGAUAUAAUAAAACUUUCGUCCUGUGUUUAGGAACAGUACAGUAAACUUGUGUCUCAGUUAAAGUUGGAGACUUUGAUAAAGGAUGAAGUAGCUGAGUUUUCUGGAGGACUCAACGAGGUUUGUUGUAAAAUUACUGUCACAUUACUACUGAAAUAACAUGGUACAACUGAACUCAGUCAUUGCCAAAGCUAAUGGAAGAUUUUCUAACUGGCGCUGUCUUGAAAUUUGCUGACUGACUGGUGUGUGUUAAUGACCUACAAAGCACGACUUUCUUGCAUAAAUGACUCUCUCCCCGAAGUGACGGUUUUGUGAACCUCAAAAGAAAAAUUUUAAGGUAAACGUCAUACUGUGAUUGCAUUAUCUUUCCUUUUGGACUUCUGUUUCCCUAGUUGUUUACUUGGAAAUUGUCGCUGAUUAAACAAAUCGGACGACCGCGUAGCUAGAGUCCGAUUUUGUUAAUCACUCGUGUGAUUAGAGACCGAAUAGACCUCUUUAGCUUGUAUGUUUUGUUUUCCCAAUAGAGCGGGUCCCAGGGGAUCUUGACCCAUUGUCUUUUCAUAAAUUAUGCGUAGAUAUGUACGUGAAUAAGACGAAAUUUGAAAGAAACAGUUCUCUUGGAGUAUUAGAGUGGUUUUCGUUUGAGUGUCGUAAAACCAAAACCAAAGUAAUUACUCUGGCCAAUCACAUAGGACACAGACAAUACAUUGAACCAAUCAAAACUCGAAGUAAUUACAUGUGGCUAACGCAAAGCGCGUCGUCACAAUUGGCUUUGGUUUUACUUCUGAUUGGAUGAAAAGGUGGCGCGAAUCUUUUAAGCCAAUCGCAUCGUGUAGAAAGUGCAAAACCAAUUACUUUUCGACACUCAAAUGAAAACCGCUCUAUCACAUGACCUGUAUUGGGAAAACAAAACAUAUAAGCUAAAGACGUCUAUUGGACUCCACUCAGUUCUAUUACCAUUAUAAAUUACUCAAGUCAGUCUCUAACCUUUAUGCCCCAAUAUAUACAUGCAAAUAUUUCAGACUGAUCUCCAUACACUUCCUUUAAGAAUUAGUUGAGAGAAUUCUGAUAAAAGAUUGAAGUAUAUUACCUUUGGUGAUCAUCUCAUUAAUUCCCAAAACCUUUUCUUUUGAUAAUUAAUUGGCCUUGUUAGGAGAAAAUUGAAGUUUAACAUUCUUGGACUUAAUUGGGUUAAGGUUGUCGUUUUUCUUUUUUUGUUUAAAUAUUCACAGUGUGGCGUUUGUUUCUUAGAUGUUCGAUUGAUUGUUUCUAGGUUAUUCCUCGUGAAUUCCUAUCGUUGUUUACCGCUGACGAGUUUUCUCUGCUGAUUGGCGGCGUAACAAAGAUUGACGUUGAAGACUGGAAGAAAAAUACCAAGGUACGGAAACUUAUCUCGAGUGCCGCUGAGUCCCCUUGAAAUUUUAUGAUUUUUAUAUUGACCAUUUUCACAUAGACCAUAAUGCAUCUUGUUUACCCCCCAAAUUUUGCAUAACCAUUGUCUUGAAUUUCUCUUGGGACGACUGUAGUACCCUGAAAUAGAAAAGAAAAGAGAAGAGGAGAAAAUGGAAACAAUGGUUAUGCAAAAUUCUUGGGGGUAAACAAGGUGCUUUAUGGUCUAUGUGAAAGUAGUGAAUUGCUGUUGAUUUAAGCAAUAGACCACCCUUUUAUCCCAAGUGGGUUAUCACGUCAGUAAACCCAUAGAAAGUGUGGUUUAUUGCUUUUAUAAAAUAACUUUAAGUUUUCAAUGAGUUUACUGGCACAAUAAACCAUAGGUGUUUAACCAAUCAGAAAGCGCGUACUGUCGGUGUUAUUUUAUAAAUUAUAAUGUCCACAUGGCUUAGUUUCAAUUAUUUGAGGCUUUGAGGCAGUAGGCGGCUAAACCAGUCAAAGCCUAGUCUGAUCCAAAUAGUUAGCUAUUACCAUCAAAAUGUUUCAGUCACAAAUCAUUCGUAUAUGUUUAACAGCAUGGUCUUUUUUAUUUAUUAUUUUUAAUUGAAAUUGUUUUUAUGAUUGUUGUUACUAUCAUUUUGUUUUCUUUUUUCCAGUACACUGGAUGUACACAGGAAGACAAUGAAAUCUUAUGGUUUUGGAAAGUAGUUUCGCAGUUAAAGGAGGAAGAGAAAGCUUUGUUGAUGAAAUUCUCUACUGGGACGCCCUGCGUUCCUAUUGGUGGAUUUGCUGCUCUUACGGUACGUAAUACGUAAUAAAGCGCAGUCUCAUCCAAAGUGCAAAGUGCAAGUCUACAUUGCUGAAGAAGAACUUGAUCAGUUUAGUCAAUGCGCGAAAGCUUCCGUUAAUUGUAUAAAUUUAGUGCGGUGUCUAUGGAUUCCGUUUGAUACCUUGAUACUCAAUGGUGAAUUGAGACGUUCCAUUUAUAACAAUCUUUGUAAUAAUCAGUGCGAUCGACAACCGUGUUGUAAAAAGAACUGAUGUCCUUAAUGCUGGCCGUUGGUCAAAGCGUUAUAUAGUCUUUAGCUUACCCACAAGUCGAGCUACGAGAGCCCAACGAGAGUCGCGAAAAAGUUAACGAAACGUGAAAACCGAGCGCGAAGGCUCAAAACUUUGAGUGCGAAGCUUUAGGAACGCAGGUUGACAUAAGGCACGACCUUCGCGCAGGAGCAAUCUACAAACGCGAAGAACUUCGAGUAUUUCUAUGCGUCGUGCAAACUUAGUAGUUUGGGUGAACGAGUUGUUUUUAAAUCGCACCAAAAGGUCGUCGCAAGAAGGACGCGUUGGGCAUAUUUUAGCCCAGGCAGUGCUCUACUCCUUUAGCCGCGGGGGUUUCGUUUCAGGCCGGACGCCGGACGCAAAGUCCGGUUGUUUGACUUGUAACGUCUGGUAGUUCACACACGAUAUAAUUAUUUUUUAAGUGUGAAAAUCGUUUUUUUGCCAUUUAUUAACCAAAGAAAGACUUGACCCUUAUUUUACUCACUUAGUAACGCCAAAAAAAAAAAGAAGAAGAUAAUUCCUGUCAUAAUUCCGGUCCAGGGAACGCAGGAAGUUGCAUUUUAGAGAGUCGAAUUUACAAUUUCCCGGGGGGGGGGGGGGGCAUGCCCCCGGCCCCCCCCCCGGGGGUUCGGCCCUUGGGCCCCCAACCUCCGGCCAAGGCCAAAGGGGGCCCGCCCCCCCCCCAACCCCCCCCUCCCCCUCCUCCCAAAUUCCACCCAAAACCCUCCCACCCAACUUCUUGGUUGUGUAUUUGUGUUACAUAUGUUGUGCUUUGUGUUUUUUUUUUUUCGCGGGAGAGGCCCGAAGCGGGUUCGGUGAUGUGGGUGGGGUGCGCGGGUGUCCCUCUCCCACCUAAAAAUAUUUCUUUUAAAAUUCCCGGGCGGGGGAAAGGGGGAGUUGUUUUUUUAGGAGGGCAAUUUUACCUUUCCCGGGGGGGGGGGGGGCAUGCCCCCGGACCCCCCCCUAGGAGUUCGUGCCUUCGGCACUCAACGUUCGUGCAAGUGCUAACGGUGCACGUCCGCCAGCUGAACCACUGCUUCCGCUACUUCCAAAUGCUACCGAAAACCCUGUCAGCCAAGUUCUUAGUGAAUGAGAAAAUAAAAAUAGGGAGUUGCAUGGCAGCCUGACUUGUUUUUUUCUGACAUCUAAUCUUAUCCUCAGGGCCUUGGAGGAGCUACGAAAUUCACCAUCAUGAAAAUAGGAGGAGAACUCAAUAAGGUAAACGAGGCACAAUUCAAUGUUAUUAUUUUUGGCGAGAAAUAUUGGCAUGGUGAAUUACUUAUCAUGAGAAAUAGCUUUUGAUUUUCACAACAAAUUCAGACAAACAAAUCAAACAACAAAAUAGCAACAACAUAAACAAGAACAAAUGAUCAGUGUGUUUAUUUUUACUAUCUUCUUUCUCUCCUUUUUAUGUACAGAUCCCGAUGGCGUCCACUUGUUUUAACAUGCUAAAACUGACAAGUUACAGCUCAGAGAAACACUUAAAGGACAAACUGUUAAUAGCUAUUCGGCAUGGAGCGGAGGGAUUCUCGUUUUCAUGAGGGAGUUAGAGUAUCGCGAUUCUGUCUUUAUAUAUUGCCGACAUUUCACUGAGUGAACGCAGUAAGAGAGAAGAGGUCUUGCAGUUAUCGCACGCUACUGGUUGUAUUCGCUACAUGUUACUGCUGCUACGUUCCUGUGAUUAUCAACUUGGAUUGGGCUACAAAUGACCAAUUUGAGGAAAGUUUAAAGGAACUGCUUUGCAAAAGAACAAUAGUUCUAGGAUUAUCACUUGUUUUACGUACACUGUUUUUUCAGGAACUGAUGAACUAACGUUUCCGUUUACAUCCACCACUGAUUUCCUCCUACCCAAAUGCUUUAAGGACUUGCUUUCUGGAAGAAGAGUGAUUGUUUUAUAAUGAAGGAUAACACCAUGAUUGCAUUUCACUACGUGGAGGGAUCUUCGUGGGACAGCUUUUCAAUAGAGCGUUACAUUGCAUUGAUUAUGGGAACUAAAUCAGUUAAAAAAAAAUGUGUUGUUUGUUUCAAAAGCUACACAUUUUGCUGCCGAUUUGAGGAAAGGACCUGUUAAGGAUUAACAUGAGAAUAUGGGACUUUGAUUGUGAUGUUAUUUCAGUAGGGAAAGGGUGAGGGGAUUGUUGCGAAUAAAUUAGAAAAUGG